AAAUAAACACAUACGUAAUCAGUAUGUUGUCGGCACCUAGUAAGUAUAAAAGAGAGGUGGAGUGUGGGCGUUAACUGUUUAAACGGCUGCUUCACCGUGACAGUGAACGUUACAUCGUUGCUAGCUAGCUAAAAAGUUGCUAGCUUAACGGUUGUCAUGGUGGCUCGGCAAAAUGACUCAAACUUCUACUCCUUACAGAAAAACUUGUCGGGCGAAUUAAUGGAAAAAUAUUGCGAGUAUAUAUUGUGUAUGCCAAACAGGUCCCCAUCCCUUUACAGUCUAUGAGAAUGACACAACUAAUUGACCGUGUAUUGCUAACGUUACACGACAGAGGGCAGCAACGCCUCAAGAGAAGCGAUGCGCAAAAGCAAAUGAAGUAAACGAAGAAGAACGACUAGGGAGGGAGGAAGCACUUCCGCAUAGUCACAGUUUAUCAACUAGGCUGUUUGAAGCAGGACCUGUCACAUAAUGGCUAAAUUAAAAGACAAAAGACGAGAGAAAAUCAGCGUCGCCACUGAGAUUGACCGUUUGGAGGAGCGGCGGGCGCGUUGCCAAGACAACCUGGAGAGGGCUGAGUUCAGGAGCAGGAAGGAGAAGCUGUCUGACAAGGACAGACAGGAGCUGGAAGAUGAAAUGACAAUCAUAAAUGAGAGGGUGCAAAAGUUAGACAAGGAGCUGCAGACGUUAAGAGGAGAGAAUCGCAAGAACAUGCUGCUGUCAGUCGCUCUGCUGGUCAUCAGCGCUCUCUUCUACUACAUCUUCAUUUACAGUGACGAGGACGUCUAAUAGGACCUGGUAUCUUAAAAGGACCUAAUGCUCUGAGAAGAACAACCACCUCAGGACAAUGUUGUGGUGACACAAAGAUAUAAGCUCAAGGGCUGUGUUGAUGAAAUACUUCAGUUCUGCCUCUAGAUGGCACCAUCGUCAUUGUCUUGAUCUCCUCUGGUGCACAGUCAGGACCCCAAUACAGCUUCUUGGACUGAAGUAACUCAUGAAGGUGAAGUGAGUGACAAUUUUUCUCAUCUUGUGUACAGUCACAGUCUAUAUUUUCAUCACUGUACAAAAAUCUUACUGUUUAUUAUGACAUGCAACAUGAAGAGGGAUUUAUAUACAGCAGUUUGACCCUUACUAAAUAAACUAUGAAUAUAAAGUUUGCCUUAUGCCACAAAUAACGCCAAAGUAAUAUUACUGUGUUUUAUAUGACAUAUCAAAGAAAUGCUUCAUCAAAUGGUGCCAGCCAAGUCUGUUUGUCCUUUCAGUCACAUAUAAAUAUCUGACGAUGCAUGGUGCACGUGAUGCGUGCAGUUACACAGAUGAAAAUAUUUGAUACAUUUGUUUUUGGAGUUGUACAGUAUGUUUUAAACAGAAGAAAAGAACCCGAAGAAUGUAUUUUUGUUUUGAUACUCAUGCCAACCAUUCACCCAUCUCCUAAUAAAAGCUGCAAUAUGGCAAACAUGCUGACAAAUUACUCUUUUGGAAAUAUGCAUGUGGAACAUUGUGUAAUGAGAAGUGGGUUGGGUUAUUAUAACUGAUCUGUUUUUCUUGAAAAAAAUAAAAUUUACUAUAUUUGGAA